UGCCGAGCGCAUAAAACAACGUGCUUGUGUUUAUAUGCGCACGGCGGGAGUGAGUUGGACGUCUGGCAAUCAAUUUGUCCCUCAGAUGUACAUGUAUUAUGCGUUUGUUGACAUUUACCGGCAAAUGUGAUACAGGCCGGCGAGGGCCUACGGGCACCCGGCUGCGACGUGCAAUGGAAGUUUAACCGGAGCUAGCACUAUGCUAACGGAGCUAGCUCACGGAGGAGAGUGAAUUGUAUUUUGAGAUGAUCUUUGAGGACUGGAGGGGGGCCGUCGCGGUCCUGAUGUUCCUCCUCACCGUGUCCUCUGCGGCUGGAGACGUCUCGGGCAUCUCAGACUGCGGCACGUCUACUGCGCACGUUCUGUCAGGUGUUGUGGACCUGCAAAGAGCUGAGCAGAACCAGAAACGACAACUGGAGGCUCUGUUCAACAGGUAUGGACAAAAUGGAACCAUCUCCCUGGCGGGCCUGAAGCGCCUUCUCCAGAGCGUGGGUUUGGAACGCGUCAGGAGCGUGACCGUACAACACCACCAUCAUCACCACCACCAUGACGACGGUACAUCGCAUGAACCCUCUGAAAGACCCAGAGAGCAUCAGAAGCGGAGCAUGGACGCAGGCUCGCAAUUAUUUAGCAACGGCUCUGAAGUUCGACUGCUCGCCGGAAGUUCGAUGCACGCAGUGGGAAACAGCUCGGAUGACCAUCAUGAACAUCGUAUUCUUGAUGACCAUGAGCAUCAUGAUCAUGAUGACCACGCCCAUGAUCAUAAUGACCAUGCCCAUGAACAUCAUGAUCAUGAUGACCACGCCCAUGAGCAUCAUGAUCAUGAUGACCACGCCCAUGAGCAUCAUGAUCAUGAUGAACACGGCCGUGACCAUCGUGACAUAACAAGAGAGCAGGUGGACCAUGAUGUUGAGUGUCUGAACGCCUCUAGCAUCCUCUCCCUACACGGGAUGACAAAAGAAGGGGGCGUGACCCUAGCUGACUUCCGGUACCUCUGCCCCACCCUCCUCUACCAGAUAGACACCGGCGCCUGCAUCCUUCAUGAAGGCAAGGGUGAGCUUAAGCACAUGCAUGGUGAGGUCAGCACCACCAUUUCUUCAGACCCAACGCACCAUGGACACGAUCAAAGCAUCAAGGACAUCACAACAGCGUGGCUCGGCGGCUUUGUGUCCAUCACCGUCAUCAGCCUCCUGUCGCUGCUGGGCGUGGUCCUCAUCCCCCUCAUGGGCAAAGUCUUCUUCAAGUUCCUCCUUAGCUUCCUUGUGGCGCUGGCCGUCGGCACGCUCAGCGGCGACGCCUUUCUACACCUCAUCCCCCACUCUCAGGGCGGACACCAUCACCAACAUUCCGGGCUGGAGCACGCACACGGCGAGCACGAAGAAGACCUGGACGCCGUGUGGAAAGGUCUGACCGCGUUGAGUGGCGUCUACUUCAUGUUUCUCAUCGAACACUUCCUCACCCUGGGAAAAAUGUACAAGGACAAGAAACAGAAGAAGAAGCAGAACCACAAGUCGGACCCAGAGAAGCAUCUAGCUCUGGGGGAUGACGACGUGAAGACGAGCCAAGACCCGGAGACCAACGGAGGCGGGGUGUUCGCCGACCAUCCGGACACGGAGGACGACGGCGUGGCGGAAGAGGAGCAGGUGAUGCUGCAGACCUCAGCGGCGGCGGCGGCGCAGGGUUACACGGCCGAGGACUGCGAAAACAAAUGCCACUCCCACUUCCACGACACGGUGGGCCAGGCGGACAGCUUGCACCACCAUCACCACGACUACCACCACAUCUUGCACCACCACCACUCCCAGAAUCACCACCCCCACAGCCACGCCCACUCCUACCCUGAGCACCAUUUCCAGCAGGCGGGCGUGGCCACAUUGGCCUGGAUGGUCAUCAUGGGCGACGGCCUGCACAACUUUAGCGAUGGCCUGGCCAUUGGAGCGGCAUUUAGCGAGGGGUUGUCCAGCGGCCUCAGCACGUCUGUGGCAGUUUUCUGUCACGAGCUGCCCCACGAGUUGGGUGACUUUGCGGUGCUGCUGAAGGCAGGAAUGACUGUGCGUCAGGCCAUCCUGUACAACGUGCUGUCGGCCGUGAUGGCGUACUUUGGGAUGGUGGUGGGCAUCUUGAUCGGACACUACGCGGAGAACAUCUCCAUGUGGAUCUUCGCCCUGACAGCGGGACUCUUUAUGUACGUGGCGCUUGUGGACAUGGUGCCGGAGAUGUUACAUAACGAUGCGGGCGAUCACGGCUUCAGCCACUGCGGCUUCUUCCUGCUGCAGAACGCCGGCAUCCUGUUGGGCUUCGGCAUCAUGCUCCUCAUCGCAGUCUUCGAGCACAAGAUCCAGCUGGACCUGCAAAUCUAAUGGCGAGCAGCUACUGUACAUUCCAGUGUUUUUAUUUAUCCUCCCUGAUAAUGUCACUUCCUGUUGAUUAACGCGAGAACCUGUCUGUUACACCUGAAAGCGGAGUCGCUCCGCCCACUUUCCGAAGCGGAUCGAUAGACUCCGACAGCCGGGUUUUUGUAGGCCUUCCUCCCUAAAAUGUGAUUAGACUGUUACACUCUCUAUUCUUCUUACUCCUCUCCCAGCACAGUUCUGGUUCACAUUAGGUCAAAACAUUAUUUUUUAAGUUUAAGUUAAUUUAUUUUGAUGUUUGAGUGACCAAACUGACAUCUUGAUUUUUGCCUUUAUUGGGUCAAGAAGUACAAAAGAAGGUUUUUAAAGUGCAUACUGUCCAUGUAACUGCUGCUACUCGUUUGAAGUCUAAAUGAACCCGACUUCAUACCACCCACCAUUUAAAGUUUACUUUGACUGCGGCCAUUUAAACGGGGUCGGAUCCACAUUCCUCCACACAAAUAAACAUUGGCUCUCUGUCAGAGCUCCCAUUGA